CUGCUCCUGCUGCUUUUGGAUUUCAUGCUGCUCUCCAACUUUGUAUCGAAUGAGUCUGUACAUCCCCUGGAUCUUCCUUCCUAUGGAAAUGCCUCCAUUAGGUUCAUCCUCAGGAUGCAGUAGAGCAGCAACAGGUGGAAACCAUGGCGAGUAUUGAAACUAAGGAAGGCACCGUACAACUUGAAGGGCAGCAGCUGUUUUACCGUCAGAUGGCACCCACUGAACAACCUCCCAGACUCUCUGUCCUGCUGCUCCAUGGCAUUCGCUUCUCCUCCGAGACUUGGUUGAAUCUUGGCACCCUACAGAAGUUGGCAGAGGCUGGGUAUCAGACAAUCGCUAUCGACUUACCAGGCCUGGGUAACUCCAAAGAAGCCACUGCUCCAGCCAGUGUGGGGGAUCUCGCUCCUGACAGUUUCCUGCUUGGCAUAUUGAAGGGUUUGGAGCUGGGUCCGGUUGUGAUAAUCAGCCCGUCACUGAGUGGAAUGUAUUCACUGCCGUUCCUGUUUGGACACAAUGACAUGGUGAAGGGAUUCAUCCCUGUUGCCCCGAUCUGUACUGAGAAAUUCUCUGCUGAGCAGUACACCAGUGUGCAGACCCCAACAUUGAUUGUCUACGGUGCAGAGGACAAGCCGAUGGGUGAGGCUUCAUUCAACAACCUGAAAAACCUGGCCAACCACAAGGUGCACAUAAUGAAGGGGGCCCAGCAUGCCUGUUACCUCAAUAACCCUGAGGAGUGGCAUCGCAUAGUCCUUGGGUUCCUGCACAAUCUGUCCUGAAUCCUCUCAGACACACACACACUGCAGCAAAAUAAUUAUCAGUUAGCAAUUCGAUUAGUCAGUUAUAUCACUUAUUAAUAUACCAAUCAGAAACAAUCUUGUUUAGUGUCUGCUACCUUUCCUGCAAUGGCAUUGCUGAUUUUAUUAACGUUUCUUUCGGACAUCUUGAUGCUGAUUCGCCAGUAUUCCUUGCCUCACCGACCAAUCAACCUAUCCCCCACAGAUACAAGACUUCAGACUCAAAAUGACUCAGGACAGUGCACAGUAAGAUAAGACUCCAUUCACCUGCUCUAAGCAUGUCAUCUGAAUUAACCAGUUGAGUGAAAGGUUUGACCUGUUGAGUCCACUGUGUGUAUAAGAACGCUGGUUAAGCAUUACAUUGAAGGGCUCUUGAUGGGUACAAAUUGUCCACUACAGGAAUUGGCAGGUCUUUCAUUUGAACAAAAUGACACAGGUGAUGGUUUGGAGGUAAAACCCGAUUCUUUGGGCACUUUUACCUAUUCCUCUUCUUUUUGUGCGCGUGUCAUGGAUCAUCUACGGACAAGAGUGGCAGAUGGGUGAUGAGUUUUAGUGAUGCUGCUCGACAACUGUCUGUUGCAAGGGACCCCAGUCACCUUCUCACAUAAGAACAUAAAAACCAGGACUAGACCAAAUGGCCCAGCAAGCCUGCUCUGCCAUUCAAUAUGAUCUUGGCUGAUCUUGGAUUUCAACUCCCCUUUCCUGCCCACUCCCCAUAUUUUUUGAUUCCCUGAGAGGCCAAAAAUCUGUCUAUCCCGGCCUUAAAUAUAUUCAAUGAUGGAGCAUCCAUAACCCUCUGGGGUUGAGAAUUCCAAAGAUUCACAACCCUCUGAGUGAAGAAAUUUCUCCUCAUCUCAGUCUUAAAUGAUCAGUCCCUUAUCCUGAGACUGUGCCCCCACAUUUUAGAUUCCCCGACCAGUGAAAAUAAUUUCUCAGUGUUUACCCUAUCAAGCCCCUUCAGAGUUUUAUAGGUUUCAAUGAGAUCAUCUCGCAUUCUUCUAAACUCCAGAGAAUAUAGACCCAAUUCACUUACCCUCUCACCUGAACACAACCCCUCAUCCCAGGUACAAUCUAGUGAAUCUUUGCUGUACCACCUCCAGUGCAAGUAAAUCAUUUCUUAAAUAUGGAGACCAGAAUUGCGCAGAGUAUUCCAGAAGUGAUCUCACCAAAGUCCUGUACAGUUGUAGCGAGACUACUACUUCUCUCAUGGUUUUCAGUGGUCUUUGCCUUAGGAGUUGAAUUCAACCAAGACAUUGUGUGGGAGAUGUUGAUAGCAGUAGCUGAGCAUCAUGGACAAUAGCGUUAAUGUCUCUAUGGCCUGUGUAAUUGAGGUCACCACUCCAGAUGUUACAGCUGCUGGCAUUAGCUUGAUCUCUGUCUACAUGUGUUGAACUAUACCAUGUGACAUAGGGAGUAGUAAGGUAUGAGACCCCUUCAAAUUACUCCCAAUGACUUCUAAAAUCCUGAAUGUGGAGCCUGGAGCUGCAGGACUCUCUGAUCUCUAGCUGAUUCAUUGAAGCCACAGCUCCCACUAGGCUGGAGGAAGGCACUUUGUAGUUAGACUCCCUGAAGGAAGCUCCAAGCCCUUGUCAAUCCUUCCCCCUGUUCUACCCCUUCCUUAGUCCCUCACUUGGUGCUGCCUCAUCCACAUCAAUAGUUACACUCCCUUGAGUAUACAAGAUUAAGGGAUGAUCCAAUCGAGGUGCACAGCAGAAAGUCACCAAUACUCCUUAGACAGUAACUUCCAAACCCAUGACUGCCACUAUCUAGAAGAACAAGGGCAGCAGGUAGAUGGGAAUGUCACCACCUGGAAGUUCCCCUCCAAGUCACUCACCAUCCUGACUUGGAAAUAUAUCACCGUUCCUUCACUGUCGCUGGGUCAAAAUCCUGGAACUCCCUUCCUAACAGCACAGUUGGUGUACCUACACCACAUGGACUGCAGCGGUUCAAGAAGGCAGCUCGCCACCACCUUCUCAAGGGCAAUUAGGGAUGGGCAAUAAAUGCUGGCCCAGCCAGCAAAGCCCACAUCCCAUGAAUGAAUAAAAAACUUUGUUUUGCUAGCAAAUGCAGCAUUGUGCAGUUGGCCACCAGCUGUACAUGUAAAAGGAUUAAUGCACAUGUAUCAUAGCUCAUGGGAUUAUCAUUAGACAUUCCAGAAACUACAUCAGCCUUUUGAGAUCCAGUGUCAUCUCAGAGUGCCCCCACAUUUUAGAUUCCUUGACCAGCGGAAACAAUCUCAGCGUUUACCCUAUGAAGUCCCUUCAGAAUUCUAUAGUUUUCAAUGAGAUUGCCUCUCAUUCUUCUAAACUCCAGAGAAUAUAAGGCCCAAUUUACUCAGCCUCUCAUCAUAGGAAAACCCUCUCAUCCCAGGGACCAAUCUAGUGAACAUUCACUGUACUUCCUCCAAUGCAAGUAUAUCCUUCCUUAAAUAUGGAGACCAAAACUGCACACGGUAUUCCAGGUGCUGUCUCGCCAAAAGCCUGUAUAAUCCUGUACUGUUGCCCAUUUGUGAUUCUGCUGAAGGUGAAUUUCACUUCUAAACACCCAACUGCACUUUUUAAAGCUUGCUAUUAGGGUGUGGGCAAUAUAUUUGCAAAGUUACAAUUAUUGUUUGUCCGAUCCCUUGUUGGCUUGAGUUUUUUUUUAAUAAAUCCCAGCUUAUUGCCUACGCUGUGCAGUUGGAGUCACUGAGUGGGAACAGUAAGUGCCAUUGCCUUGAAGGACAUUUGUCAACUCAGAUUUUUAAUGGAAUUCUUGUAUCUGGUGCUAAAAUCACAAAUGACCUGCUUUGGAAUUUAAAGUCAUACCUGGUCACAGUGGGAUUUAAGUAAAGUAAUUUCUUGUCAUCUCAGUCCUAAAUGACUAGCCCCUUGUCCUGAGACUGAUAAACCUCUAGAUUGUCACUACACUAGAGCCCUUCUCACCAGUAAUAAUAUUCAACAUUGACAUUGGGGCAAUAACAUUGACCGCUGAAAUGUGUGAUUCAGAGCUAAGUAGUAUCAGAGUGUGAUCAUUCUUCAUGGAGAAUUACAAACCUUGUAUGUAUUUCAAUAAAGUCGGAUUUUUAUUCCCAUAAAA